CUCUAUAACGAUGGGUUUGUUGUGGGUGAACGUGAUGGGGGGCGCUCGACCAACUCCACUGAUGGAGUGCACAGUACGACAGUUACGAGACGCGCUGGUGGUCUCCGCUGCUGGGCAGUAAACUGGAAGAUAGGUUGACGUUUUCACCAACAAGCCAUGUGCUCGGAUUUAUUUUUAGUGCAAACAGAAAGAAGUGUUUAGUUUGUUUUCACUGAACUGGGAAACGGUACCAGUUUUAGGUUAUGUUCCGUCAAUGUAAUUAUUAAUAUAUGUCUGUAUAUCUCUUUCUUUAUUAACAACUGAUGACUCAUCGUGUAUUCGGAUAAACAACGUAAAACAUAAAAUAUUUAAAACAAAUUAUAAUUAUUUCCAAAAGAACUCGUUUGAUCGUUUAAACUUUAAGUGGUGACAAACUUUCCAAAAUGUUUCUUCUGUUAUGGGGAUAUUCAACGUGCACUAAACAAAACAACGGGGUGGGUAAAUAAUGAUGAUGGCUUUAUGAAUGUACGACAUGGAUGAUACCCAUUCCAGUGACGGCGAUUCGGACGGAGCCGACCAGUGGCGCGCUUCACAGCUACGUGACCCCUGUCACCGGUGUCAGAAGAGAGUGUAUCCCGUGGAAAAAAUAGACGUGGGAGUCUUGUUUCACAGGCGAUGUUUCCGAUGCCGAAUCUGCGGUCUGCAACUGACGUUGAGGACGUUUCACUGGGACCAAGAGAAUGAGGCUGAUGUGUACUGCAACGUGCACGUUCCCAAACUGGGCCCAGGCACGCUCGACCAGGACGCUGUGGGGAUCAAGUCGGCGCUGAACGCCCCGCGGCGAGGGACGGAACAGAGUGAUCAGACUCGUGGGAGUGUGUACAACCCUGGCUGGCAGUAUGACGCGAACGCACUGGAGUUUGCGCACUACCGGGAAAUCUUCAUGCGAGGCAAACAAAAAACAUCAACAGGCACCUACGAGGAUUUCGAGAAACUUGGCGUCUUUGAUGCUCAGACUGAACUGGAGAAAAUACAAAAGGUGGAGGAGGACCAUCUUUAUGAGCACAUCAUGGAAAAGCGGGAGAAAAAACUCAAGAAGCUGGAUGAAGAGUUGCAAAAAGAGAAAGAAAAAUCCGUCAAAGAACUGGUGGUCACUUUGGAGCGAUUCUCCCCACAAAAGGGCAAGACGGGUGUUGCCAGAGAAACGGAGAAACUUGAAGAACACUACAAGCUGAAGAGGGAAGAGAAAGUGAGGAAGCUGAUGGAACGAUUGACGAGCGAGGAGAAGCAGCAGGUUGCCCGGAUGAUCGAGAAGCACAGUCAGGAGAUGCUGCUCAUGAUAGCAGAACGUCUGUCCACGACUGACGGUCAAAGCACUCCAGAGUCGGAUAGGUCUUCAUCCGUUGACCUGUCUAGACCACCCCCCGUUACACCGCCUGAGUUUAAGAAGUGCCAGCUCUUCAAAAGCCCUUCUGUGUUUGAAAGAAUCGACAACCAUGUGUUUUGUGUGAUUCUUAAAGGAUACAUGACAUUUACUGAACUGGUCAAAGAUCUCAUAAUGGACUGUGAGACUGAUUUAGAAAAGGCUAGGAGCAUCUUCCGGUGGGUCACGUGGACAGAUCUCAACAAACUGGACGUAGAGGAGUCGGUGAACCCAGAAUCCCCCCUAGGACUGCUGAGGGGGAUUAAGUACGGUACUGAGACGUACCAUGACCUUUUCAAGAGACUUUGCAGCUAUGCGGGGUUGUAUUGUGAGGUCAUCCAGGGUUACUCCAAAGGUGCAGGAUACAAGCCAGGCAUGAAGUUUGAAGACGACCGCUUUCGUAAUACGUGGACGGCAGUCAGCAUUGACGGUUCUUGGUGCUUUGUCAACUGUAACUGGGGCGCGCGGCACGUUAAAGCGGGUUCCAGUCGAACCACCAGUGAACUCACUGGACACAAGAGAACCAAGAGAGACAGUGACGAUUUCGGACAGUUUUCUUACGAAUGUGACGAGUUCUACUUCAUAACAGACCCCGAGGACCACAUCUACCAGCAUUUCCCAGACGACCCGUCCUGGCAGCUCCUGGAGUGCCCCAUCACGCUCAGUGAAUUCAUCAGUCUACCUGUCGUGAAGUCGCCAUUCUUCAACUAUUCACUCAAAUUCGUCAUGCAUUACGACUGCAUACAAGAGACUGAGUCUGGUAUUGUUCUUAUCCAGGUAACAGUUCCUAGUCCCGUUGGAUUCGGAUAUACUCUUGAGCCAAAAGACAAGGAUGCAAGUCCACCCUCCCUAGAAGGUCGCGUCAUGUUAAGGAUAAUUGGUCAUAAAGCGAUCUUUACUGUAGCACCACCUAAAAAAGGCAGAUAUUAUUUUUCCAUUUUUGCAAAAGACAGUUGGUGUUCGGAUUCUCUACAAAGUGCAUGUGCUUUUCAGAUAAAAUGCCGAGAAAGGAAAGAAUACAUUAGAAGUCCCUACCCAAAGGUUUCAUUCUUUGGCCCGACUCCAAGCAUGAGCAACUACGGCUUGCUUCCACAAACACACAUUGACCCAGCAGUUACAUACAGCCAUGACGAUCUUGUGUUUAACUUCCAGCUUCACCAUGACAUCAGACUAUCACAUUCACUUCAUUACCAUGGCAACGAACCUGGUGCUACUGACGAAGAUUUUCAAAGAUAUAUUUUUGUAAAACAACGAGAUGACAAUUCUAUUUCCUAUUUAUUACGUUGUCCCUUUAUUGGAAAGUAUGUAUUCGCCAUAUUUGGGGCAAGAAUGACCUCUCCUGACACAGACAGCAGCGCCCCGUUUGAGUGCCUGUUCCGAUACCUUGUUGAGUGUAAACAAGCCGCAAAAAUCAAAAGACCCUUGCCUCGUGCCUGCCAUCGAUGGUACAAUGGCACAUUACUAGAACCAAUGUCUGGUGACCUAGAGUCUGACGCAUGUGUGACAUUCAGAGUCCGGGCGCCAAUGGCUUCAGAUGUAGCGCUUCUCAUUGGCGAUGCGUGGUUUCAUUUUAAGAUCAUUGCAGAUAGUAUCUGGGAAGGAUUUGUUAAAACAGGAAAGAAGCCAUGUUUGGCUAAACUGUACGCGAAACUAGACAAAGAGAAGGCCAGGUUUUCUCCAUUAUUGGAGUUUCAGGUGAAAUGAUAGAAACCGUCAGACGAUACGACAUCCAAAAUGUUUGGUUGUCAUGUACAAACGCACACAGAGUCUACAAUGACUGAGUGUUUAUUAUUUAUUUAAAAGAAAUCGCUUGUGUACUUAAUGGAUGUGAGUAGAUACGGAAACGAGGUCUUGUGUAAUAUAUAUGUUAUUGUAUAUGUAUAUGUAUAUGUAUAUACACUCAAUCAUGUUUGUGCUUGCUCGAUGGGUGUUUAUUGCUGUUUUAAACUCACUGAAAGGUUGUUAAAUUAUAAGAAUAGCAUUUUGUAGUUAUAAUGGAAAGACAAUGAAUUAUUAAAUUACAUUUUUAAAGAAA